GAGUUUCCGCAUUGACUGCGUCACUCGGGUUCAGCGUCUCAGACCUUCAGUGGUGCCCUUAAACUUGAAGUCCAAACAGCCCUACCGUCAUGGCGUCUCAACUGCCAGGGCUUUCAGCUCUGACUAAACCGGGGUUAAUACCGGGGUUUAAGGUUUCUAAAGAUCAGCUGACCACCAUCGUUCCCGUUGCAGUGGCCGCGGCUCUGAGCACCUACCUGCUGACACGCUACUUCAGUUCUCAGAGCAGCCCCAAGAGCAGGGUCAACAUGUCAAUCGACAAAGACAGCCCCAAAGUAGUCCACAGCUUCGACAUGGAGGACAUCGGCAACAAGGCCGUCUACUGCCGCUGCUGGAGGUCCAAGAAAUUUCCCUACUGUGACGGCGCGCACACCAAACACAAUGAGGAAACUGGUGAUAAUGUUGGACCGCUGAUCAUUAAGAAGAAAAACCCAUAAAUACUCAGUUUGCGUCCAUGUUUUCCACCCACUGGAGGUGAGAGAAACUGGAUGAGGACUUAAUAUCACAAUUACUGUAAUUCUCAAUUUUAAUGUGUCUCAUUCACAUGAAGACUUCCUGUAGCACUGCAGACAUGCAUCAGCAAACAUACUGUAUUUCCACUAAACCUUUCUCUCCUACACUUGGUCUUUCUCUCCGAAACAUACAAAAUGUGCAGAGCAGGGGGGCGCGAGGACUGGAAUCGAGAACCGCUGAUUAAAAUGUGCUUUAAAUAUCCUCUAAAUAUCUUGACACUACAGAGCAGAUGAAUGUGAAUGAGAGGAUGUCAAAACUACUAUGCACAGUUUGAUUAACAUUUCAGUGAUUAUGACUUGAACAUUUGUGCAGUUUUUACGAUAUUGGGUGUAAAACUAAACCAGGUUCCAUUUAAAAACAGCAUAUAAAUAUAUUUUCUAUCAUGAUGUGUGAUUCGGAGGCCAUGCGUAUUUUGCUGUACGAUAAAGAUGUGCAUUUUGAAUAAACAGAAUUUGAAAUAUU